UGUGAAGCGCAUGCGCCAUGUGAAGGUUUUGCUCCGCGCAUCAAUGCAGCAAUGUGCUAGUUUGAGAGAGGAGGCGACCGGGGAGCAGGUGAGAGAGAGACAGAACGAGAGAGGGGAGAAGAGAAAAGAGGGAGGGAUAGUUUUUUGCACUUCAACACAGACGGUGUGGGAGGACGACGCGCUUGGAGCUUCAGAAAAGCCGCUGUCGUUCACACGCUGUGCUCUUUUCCUCCCCCUGGCACCGUGCGCGCUCGCCAAGCCGCACUGUUUGGAGAUAGUCCGCGCGGAAAGUUUUUGGAGCAUAAAGUCUGGAGCCGAUCAAUUAAUGUUUUUAUUUAUUUUUUUCGGUGAGGCGGAUGAAUGACUUGCUUUUUUGAGAGUGGAGACUUUUAAUUCGAGUUGGGGAAUUGUCUUGAGUCGUUUUUGUUUUUUUGCGCAGAAUGGAAGGUAAAUUGACAAGUCGUUUGUGGCGAGGAUCACCGUGUGGAUCUUUCCGCAGGUAAAACGCGCCGUGGCGUGAGCGUGUGAUCUGCUGGAAUUAAUUGUCUUAACAUUUUUACACGUCUUUUUCUUCUUCUUCUUCUUGUGGUGUAGUUUAGCUGGAUUCUGGGACAGUUUUCCACUUGGACAGGCAAGUUUCAUGCUGCUUUUAAUUAGAAGCGAAUCAACAGUUAGGUUUCCGCCAGUGGCGCUUUGGGUUGCCGUAGGUGGUUGUAUUUGUUAAUAGGUACCGCAAAGUCACGCACUGAAUCGUGAAAGGAAAGGACUAUUUCCACACACUGUCACUAGAUACUUUAUCCAUCCCGCUGCUUACUACCAGACUUUAAGCUGUUAAGCGCACGGAGCGCUUGCACUGAUUUUUUUUUUUCGAGGUGUGCGUCAAACACUAAACCUGAAGAACUCUCAGCUUUGACUCCCUGAGUUGCACUUUGUUCAUCCCAACCAGGCAUUUUCCAAGAGAUUCCGGGGAAAACGAAAAAAAGAAACUCCGGUACUUGCCUUGAGUGCAGCGGAAAAGGAAAUCUUAAAUCACCUGGCCUGCACUGUGAUUAUUGGUUUGAUAUCGUCUGCAGAGAGUGGAUUACGGCUUCUAACGGGCUGUGCUCCCCGAUCACUGGCAGUAUGAACCUGGGGCUAGGCUGUGUGCGUCGGCCGAUUUGCUGGCCCUUUGGCAGCGUGUUGGACUCCAGACACUGUGUCUUUGCCCUCACACUCCUCACUCUCCUCAUGCAGGUGGUGGUGGAGGCCAACUCAUGGUGGUCUCUGGCCAUGAACCCUUUACUAAUCCCAGAGGCCUACAUCAUCGGCGCCCAGCCUCUGUGCAGCCAGCUGGUGGGCCUGUCGCAGGGCCAGAAGAAACUGUGCCAGCUCUACCAGGACCACAUGCAGUACAUCGGUGAAGGUGCCAAGACGGGCAUCAGAGAGUGCCAGUACCAGUUCAGACAUCGGCGCUGGAACUGCAGCACAGUGGACAACUCCUCCGUUUUUGGACGGGUCAUGCAAAUAGGCAGUCGAGAAACGGCAUUCACGUAUGCCAUAAGUGCCGCCGGAGUGGUGAACGCCGUGAGCCGGGCCUGCAGAGAGGGUGAGCUUUCCAGCUGUGGGUGCAGUCGUGCUGCUCGCCCCAAAGAUCUUCCCCGAGACUGGCUCUGGGGCGGCUGCGGAGACAACCUCAAUUAUGGCUACAGGUUCUCCAGGGAGUUUGUGGAUGCCCGUGAGAGGGAGAAGAGCUUCCCCAAAGGCUCACACGAGAAUGCACGGCUGUUGAUGAAUCUUCACAAUAAUGAGGCAGGACGGAGGAUUGUGUCAGACCUUGCCCACGUGUCCUGCAAGUGCCACGGAGUAUCAGGUUCCUGCAGCCUGAAGACCUGCUGGCUGCAGCUGGCCGACUUCCGCAAGGUGGGCGAUGCACUGAAGGAGAAGUAUGACAGUGCCGUAGCCAUGAAACUCAACUCGAGAGGAAAGCUGGUGCAGAUGCACAGUAGGUUCAACCCUCCCACGAACCAUGACCUGGUGUACAUCGAGCAAAGUCCAGACUACUGCUUGAAGAACCAAAGCACAGGCUCUUUGGGCACAGUGGGGCGGCUUUGCAACAAGACCUCAGAGGGCAUGGAUGGGUGUGAGCUGAUGUGCUGCGGAAGAGGUUAUGACCAGUACAAGGCCCAGAUAGUGGAGCGGUGCCACUGCAAGUUCCACUGGUGCUGCUACGUCAAGUGCAAGCGCUGCACCAAAGUCGUAGACCAAUUUGUCUGCAAGUGAGAAGAAGAGUGUUGCCUGUGUGUAUUUGCUUGCAGAUAAUGGGCAUAAAUCUGUGUGUAUUCAUGAGCAGAGGAGCUGAACACAGAGAAUGGAAGAAAGAAACUAUAUAAAUUAUAUUUAUAGAGUUAAACAAUUAUGCCAUUGCAAAAAGACUUAAAAAAUCAUGUCCUCAGAAACUGAGAGUAUUGUGAAAUAUUUAUUUUCAGAUUGUAAUGUUUUAUUUUGGCCCGCUCAUCAGCAGAAAACUUAAAUCUUUCAAGUGCCUAAAUCUGGCUGGAAAUUUUAUACCACGGUUCCUUUUAACUGUUUUUUUUUUUUUUUUUUUUUUGUUUGUUUGUUUUU